AUGAAUGAUCUAGUGGAAUUUCAUUCUCAAGAUUUGCAUGCAGGGUUUGUAAAUGAACAAGAAGAAGAAAUUAUGGAUCAUACACAGAUCUGGCUUCAUGAUCAACAACAACAACAACAUCAAAAUCAUCAAAAUUUUCUGUCUGAUAAUGAUGAUGAUACUUUGAUGUUCUACUCUGAUUUCCCUCCACUACCUGAUUUUCCAUGCAUGUCGUCGUCUUCGUCCUCGUCGUCAACUCCCGCCCCGGUUAAAGCUGCGGCUUCGUCCUCCUCGUCGUCCUCGUCAUCCUCCGCUACUUCAUGGGCAAUUUUGAAAUCAGAUGGUGAUGAAAUUACCGAAGAAAACAACAAAUUAUCAUCGCCUCCGGUAGCAGAGACCGGGUUCAACGGUGGCGAUUGUACCGACGAUAUGAUGAUGGAGACGUUUGGUUACAUGGAUUUACUCGAAGACAGCAACGAGUUUUUCGAUCCGUCGUGUAUAUUUCAGAAUGAACCGCAAGAACAACAAGAAGAACAAAAACAAGUAGUAGUAAAAGAAGAUCGAGAGGGUUUGGAGGAUUUGCAAUUGGAGAGAUUUGAAGAAAUGGAAAUAGAGGAUUUGAUGAUGAUGCAUGGCGGCGGUGAGAGUAAGGAUAAUAAUUAUGAUAAUGGAGAGAAAUUACAAAACGACGUCGUUGAAGAAGAAGAUAUGGCGAAGGUGUUUUUGGAGUGGUUAAGGAGUAAUAGAGAAACGGUUUCUGCUGAUGAUUUGAGAAAUGUUAGAAUUAAAAAAGCCACCAUUGAGAGCGCCGCCCGGCGACUCGGCGGCGGCAAGGAGGGAAUGAAACAGCUUUUGAAGCUUGUUCUUCAAUGGGUUCAAACAAAUCAUCUUCACAAGAGGAAAUUAAAAGAUCUCACUAUUGAAACUGAUACCCAUUUCUUAGGGUUUCAAAAUAACCCUAAUUCCACCUCCAACCUCCCUUGGAUCCAGACCCCGCCUCCGUUACUGCCUCCGCCGUUGUAUUCUCCACCUAUGCUCGGGUAUGUCCCGGCCACGAGUGGGGAUGCGUAUGGUGCUGGCCGGGGUUUUUCCGAUCAUUACGGCCAGUUACUCGACUCCUCAUUGUCCUGGAGUAAUAAUAGUAAUAAUAAUAAUAAUAAUUUUUCAGGACAGUUUGGACUACCCCCAUCGCAUUUUAAUUCAUUUGUUGAUAAUUUUGCGGCGGGCCCUCCUUUGCCACCGCCGCAACCACCAGGUUUUGCGGCAGGGUAUGGCGGAGGGCAUCAGUUCCCAUAUGUGGGUCAAUAUUUUCAAGGGCAGGGUGGUGGUGGUGGGGGCGGCAGCGGCGGUGGUGAUACUAGUUUGGUUAGGUUGGAUUCAUCGGCGACAAAGGAGGCUCGGAAGAAGAGAAUGGCGAGGCAGAGGCGAUUCUCGGCACACCAUCGCCACCAUCAUGGCGGGCACCAUGGCAACAGCCACCAAAAUCAACAUCCGACUCAGAUGAAUCCUAAUGCUUCAGAUCAUUGCAACAUGGCUACAACUGCUCAGCCCAAUUCUGGAAACUGGGUCUACUGGCCCUCCCCCACUGCCGGGGGGGCCUCUUCCACCACAUCGUCUGGAUUUCCAGUGGACUCGCCGCCUGUGCAUGCUGUCGAUCGGUCGAAUUCUUCCCAACAGAAUCAGAACUAUUCGCCGCGAAUCCCAUCGGACCGUCGACAGGGAUGGAAACCAGAGAAAAAUUUGAAAUUUCUUUUACAGAAGGUUUUGAAGCAAAGUGAUGUGGGCAAUUUGGGGAGAAUUGUAUUACCAAAGAAAGAAGCAGAAACCCAUCUCCCAGAAUUGGAGGCAAGAGAUGGGAUUUCAAUUGCCAUGGAAGACAUUGGAACUUCAAGAGUUUGGAAUAUGCGUUAUAGGUAUUGGCCAAACAAUAAAAGCAGAAUGUAUCUCCUUGAAAAUACUGGGGACUUUGUAAGAGCCAAUGGACUUCAAGAAGGAGACUUCAUUGUCAUUUACUCAGACAUCAAGUGUGGGAAAUAUAUGAUUCGAGGAGUGAAAGUACGGCAACCGGGGUCGAAACCCGAGAGCAAAAGGUCAGGAAAAUCGCAGCGAAGCCAUACAACCGGGGCUGGUAAUGGGUCGUCACCUUCGCAAACGACUGCCCCAACCCCGAAGAGACGUUAA